UCAGGGUGUCAGAGACUUGUGGGUGUGUGUGCGUAUGUGUAUGUGUGUUUGGCUGCACAAACACGCAACUGUGUAUGUGUGUGUGUUUGUGUGUGUGCCUAUGCAUGUACACAAGCCAGUGAGGGGGGGAGAGCAAGAGCAAGAGAGACCAACAGAAAGAGAGAGCCAGAGAGAGAGAGUUUGUCCAGGUGCUUGAGCGGGCAAACGGAAACCGACCGUGGGACUCUACAGUACGGUCUUUGACAGGGACUGAGAGCGCAAACUUGCCCCCCCUCCGCGUUGGCUCCAUGAAAAGGGGCCCCACCGUAUGUAAAGCUAUGGAGAGAGGACACUGAGGGCCCCAGCAGCCCCCCACACAGACUGAAACUCUGGCAAAAACGGGCACGCGUUUGCACUGAGGGACACGGCUGGCUAACAUCAUGGUGGCCGAGGAGGUGAUCGUUACCCUGUCUGGAGGAGCGCCGUGGGGCUUUCGGCUACAGGGAGGCGUGGAGCACCAGAAACCACUACAGGUGGCCAAGGUGCGUAAGCGCAGCAAGGCGUGUCGGGCGGGCCUCCAUGAGGGCGAUGAGCUGGUGUCCAUCAACGAGAGCCCGUGCGGAGGACUCUCCCACGCUCAGGCCAUGACCGUCAUCGACAGCACCCCCGGGACUCUACACAUCCGGGUCAGGAGGGCUCCAGCAGGCUUCCAGUCCGUGGUCCUUCCUCUCCGCGCCCCGUCGCCCCGCAUCGAUAAGGAGUACCGCGCCGCCCUCCGAGCCAUGUCCCCUCCGGCCGCCAGCCGGCCCCAGCAGCCCGCCGUGCGGCAGGUCCACUCCAUCGUCUCGCCCGCGGGCACCACCAGCCGCAGCGGCCUGACCUCCCCGCCCUGCAGCGAGGCCUACUACGGCGAGACGGACAGCGACGCAGACGUGGUGGCCAAGGAGCGCCAGCGGAGACAGAAGCCCCGACGCAGCCCCAGCAACAGCGUGCCGGGCGGUGGCAAGGUGGGCCGCAGCUCCCCUGAGGGUGGCGAGACAUCGGAGAUGAGCGGCUACGACAGUGCGCCCGACCCCUCCUUCAGCGGCCUCGAGAUGAUGAUGCUCCCUGGCGUGGCGCGGCGAGAGGUCAUCUACCAGCCGCCGCCGCACACCGCCUGGUCCUCACAGACAUCCACCGAGACCUCGUCCAUGAGCGCGGACGAUGGCCCGCCAGACCCAGACCCAGAGCCCGAGCCGGAGGUCCAGAGCCCACUGGAGGACAAUGGGUUCCAGGACCUGCCCGUGGUGCCACUGGUGUCUCCGGAGAGGGCCAAGGAGGCCCUGAUGCUCAGCUCGCGGCGACAGCUGGUGCCCAUGGUGGGACCGGUGGACUCGCCCGUGGACGAGGAGCUCACCGUCACCUACAUGGACAAGGCCAAACUAGCAAAACUGAGCCGUGGAGACAAUGUCCAAGACAAACAAGUUAAGGAGGCUCGCACCAAGUGCCGCACCAUCGCCUCCUUGCUCACAGACGCCCCCAACCCCCACUCCAGGGGCGUGCUGAUGUUCAAGAAGCGCCGGCAGCGCUCCAAGAAGUACACCUUGACCAGCUACGGCAGCGUGGACGAGGACAUGGCGAUGGAGGAAGACUCACAGGAGGAGGACGGCAUGUUCCCCGGCAGCGAGUCGGAGUUCGACGAGGACAGUUUCUCCGCCGCGCCCGACCCCACCUGGGACAGCGACUACAUGGACAUGCUGGAGAGGCGCUCGGCCAGCGUGGCGGGCCACACGGAGGAGGCGCAGAGCCCGGGCCUCACCAACACCUCUGGCAAAGGCGCUCAGCUGUUUGAGCAGCAGCGGAAGCGAGCGGAGGAGCAUGCCAAGAAAGCGGCCAUUGCACAGGCCCAGGUCGAAGCACAGGUGCAGGCACAGGCACAGGCUCAGGCGUAUGCACAGGCACAAACCUUAGCACAGGCACAAACCUUAGCACAGGCACAAACCUUAGCCCAGAUGCCAGGGCAGAUGCCAAUGCAGAUGCAGAGUCACAUGCAACCGGAGCUGCAGACAGACCCUCUGGCCCAUGCUCAUGUCCAGGCACUGGUUCAGCCACCAUUUACUGCACAGCAGCAACCGCAGUAUCCUCCCAUGCAUGUACCCUCCCAACCUGCCCCGCAACCUCCACCAGUGGCUCCCAAGCCCCAACAGAAACCAAGAGAAGUCCCACCACCACCUGUUCAGCAGCUGCCUGUUAUACCUACGGCACCUCCUGCUACUGUUGUGGAUGCCCAGUCCCAUCUUUUCAUGAACAAUGGCGAUGCUAUCAUACCCCAAGCAAACGUCCCAUCUUUAGCCCCAGAUGUUGCCCCAGCCAUGCCUGUGGGCCCUCCAGUGUCCGUGCUCCAGGGUCCGCCUACAACUCCAGGUCCAGAGUCCUCCUCCGGCUCGGUUCUGAACCGGACAGCUCGACCGUUCGCUCCAGGUUUUAUCAGUAAUCGUGCGUCCACCGCACCGGUCGUCUUCCGACCCUCUGUGUCCAAGAAAUCGCAACGGCCUGUCUCAGUGGCUGUGGUGCAACCGGGUGCAGCAGAUGAAUUCGCGAUGAGUGCCUUCUCUUACCCACCAGCUAUGUCUGCUCCGUCUCUUGCCCCUGUCCCUCAUCAAGCAAUGAUUCCCACUGCUCCACCGGUACCCAUUCCUAUGGUUCCACCUUCUGUACCAGUUGUUCACCCUGACCCCCAUGUUGCAAUGGCACCCAUGGGUCCUCCUCAAGUGUCUUUUACACCCAAUGCACCCAUGUCCGCACCUGUUGUUGUGCCUGCUCCUGCUCCUAUGCCAGCACCUAUGCAUGUCCCUGCCCCAAUGCCCGUUUCUUCCCCAAUGCCCGUUUCUGCCCCAGUGCCAGUUUCUGCUCCAAUGCCAGUGUCAUCCUCCAUGGAGAACAUCCAGGCAGCCACUGUAGGCAUCCCUCAGCCACCGAUGGAACACGUAGCCCCUGUAGCCCAAAUGGCACCAGUAGCAGCCACCAUGGCCAUGCCUGUAUCACCACCGGCCCCAGUACCAGUUCCUGUACCCAUGUCAGUACCAGCACCGGCCCCAGUACCAGUACCCGCACCAGUCCCAGUUCAAGUACCAGCUCCAGACCCUGUUCCAAUUGAAGCUCCUGCUCCUGCUCUUGCUCCUGCUCCUGCUCAGGUUCAACGUCCUGCUCCCGAUCCAGCACCGGUAGCUGCUCCAGCAUCUGCACCAGUUGCUGACACUGGUGCUGCCGACUUCCCUCCAGCGACGGCGCCUCUGCUACUAAGGGGCACCACAGCAGGGGGACGCACAGGGAUCCUUCAGGAGGCCCGCCGGCGAAGCUCGGGCAGGCGGAUGUUCCACGUACCCGAGGAGAAGAAGAACUCGCCCAACCCUACUCUGCUGUCCAUGGUGCAGAACUUUGAUGAGACCAGGACCAGGUACAGGUACUCUGACCCGGUCACGUACGACUACAACGAAAUGGAAACGGAGGAUCCGGAUGCCGACGGCAAACUGCCUCCACCCGUGGCCCCUAAGCCCAGAGUCAUCCCUGAGACGACCCACAUCCCCCAGGCUGAGGGGAAAGGCGCUGAGCUCUUUGCCCGCAGGCAGAGCAGGAUGGAUCAGUAUGUGGUGGACGCACCAAUCUCACCCCCCACCUACCCAGAAGCACCACAGCAGCCACAGACGGUCAUAAGAGAUCCUCGAGAUCCAUCUCCCACUUCGUCUCAGUUCAAGUUGUCUCCCAAUGUCCGUGCUCCUCCGCCCAUAGGCUACAACCCCUUGAUGGGCCCCUCGUUUCCCAUGGGCCCACAGCGAGACAACACCAGGAUAGCGGAUCCUCGGGCAGGCAGGGCCGGCUACGGUGCUCAGAAGGAGGGAAUCAAAGCCCUGGACUUCCUGAGGAGGCAGCCGUACCAGCUCAACUCAGCCAUGUUUGGGGGGAGCACCACGUCCCUCCAGGCCUCCAGUCAACCCCAGUACGGCCAGCAGCAGGGCUACACUCUGAACGCACCCCGACAGGUCCCCGUCAACCGUGUGUAUGAGAUCAAGCGGUUCUCCACACCCACGCCAAUGUCCGCCCCGACCAUGACCCCGAAGGUUAUCGCUCCGCGUUCCGCCACCACGUUGGGGGAUCGCAUCUCGCGCGUCAACAUGACCUCUCCACCGCCAGCACAGCGGCCCCCUCCUCCCGCACCCAUCACCGCUCCCAAACCUGCCUAUGCCCCUGUCCAUGUCCCUGCCCCUGUCCCGGUCCUCGCCCCAACCCCUGGCCCUUACCCUCCAGUUGUUCACCCAGGAGGGCUUCCAGAGCUCCCCAAACUCUCCUCUGCCCCGGUCCCCAAUGCCCACCCUCUUCCCUACACCCCCAUGUCCAGUAUGGCCUACGGAGGUCUGCAGGCUGCCAAGCAUUUCAAGAGCGCACCUGAGCUUAGUGCCCUGCCCCCACUGAAGCCCAACCCUGUCCAGGUGCCCAAGCCACGAUUUGUUGCCACACGAGUCGGCAUCCAGCCCCGUGUCUGGAGGCCUGGUGCCUUCCCUUGAAGUCACAGAGCCACACAGUCCAAUGAGACCCCUCCUCUCGGCCUAGUCAAGAAACCAAUGUACACACUUUUUACCCACCCUGCUAAACAAUGCUUCAACAUAAUGAACACAUACAUACGCGCAAGGAGUUAGUUUGUAGAUUUGGUUUGGCUUAGUUUGUAAAUGUUGUUCAUUACAAAAGAACACUGUGAUCAUUCAUAUUCACUGUCAAGCAUGCACCACAGUCAUUUUUUAACCUCCAAUGGCAUCAAUAUUCAAAUAAAAGAAAAUAUGAAUUAACUGCCCACACCUUAGAGAUAUUUUGUGAAUUUUUUAGCCAUCAACACAUUUUUUAUUUUUUGUUUUACUUUUUUUCUUAUAGUGUGGUUACACUGACAGAUUUGUGAUGUUAACUACCGGGAAUGUAUGGCCUUGUUGCUACAAGAGCAUGUCAGCCAUGAAGAUGGUUUUCCACAUCACUUAACAUCAGCUCAACUUACCAUGGCAUAUAUCUGAAACUUAAACCAUGGCUUCACAUAGGCGACAUUUGUGAAAUCCAACACAUAUGAUGAGCGCAAUAAAAUGGGGUCCUUGACUUGAGCCUGGGGGAUUCAUGUGACAGGGUGGAGUGUUGUCAUUGAGGGUGUGUGAGCUUCGGUUCUGUUGGGAAAUACAGUACCACAAAAGUCCAGCCCACUGAAGUCACACCUAGAUUGAGCUUGUGGCAGACAAAAGAUGUAAAAGAUUUGCGAAAAAGGACUACGAACCUCAUGUAUUAGUUGUUAUCUUCCAGUGCAGGUGCUUCAGCGUAUUCCUGGAAUCGGCCGGUCUUUCCGGUUAGGAUAGGGGCACAGAUAUUAAUUGAAUUCUUUCUUGAGGACCUGUCUCCUACGAUAAAUGUUUUCUCCUGCUUUCUCUGAUCUUACAUGGUUAGCUUAGUGUGCAACAGAAUAAAAAAACAGUUAAUCCAUGAAAUGGUAGGUAGAGUUAAAUAAAAGUAGUGGCCUUUCCCUUUUUAAGCCCUACACACAUUUGCUAACUCUGCAAUCAAGUAAAAAGUGGUAGAACAGGUGGAACCAUAAGACGUAGAAGUUCAAUAUCUCUUGUGGUUCUACUUCGAUUCUAUCUACUUAACCUGAUGAAUUAACUGUGAGCGAAUUGUAAGUUGAACUGAAUCCAAUUAUCUUCAGGUGGGGAAAUUUUAGCAGACACAACAUGUGAUCCUUUUUCCACUGUGAGGACAGGCAGGUAUUUGCGGUGUGUUGAAGAUUGAAACUCAGGAGUGCGGUGAGAAGACAUGAGGUUUGCAUUUGUGUUCGGUGACCUGGCCCAGACAGGUCGAUAAGAAAUAAUAUCUGUUUUGGCAUGGGCUAGACUGAACAGGUGCUCCGCUGUCAAGGCCUAUUUGUGGCACCUCACAAGCAGCGAUCUACUCCGUGUGUAGCACCACUGUCUGCGAGAUGCUCAGUGUUGUUGUUAUCCACAAACGCAUGAAGCUGUGCACUGAGGUAAUGGUGUUUGAAGUUUUAUGGAUAACAAAACAAUGAGGAAGAACAAAACCACUAUGAUUCCUGCUGUAACUUAUGUCACGUAUGAGGUCACAACUGAUUGAAGUAGAAAUGUUUGAGGCACGUGUUUGUCAGACAGCCACAGAAACUAGACUAGGGAGGGUUCCUUGCUGGUGAUGGUCACCUGGAGUGCGUUUUAAUAUGCGACCUUGCCUCCUCCACUUGCCUCCUCCACUUGCUUCUCGUCAUGAUGACAUCACUGACAACAGCAUUAUAUUUCAAUAUCUUGCAAAAGCUCAAUUGUAAAGUCUUUUUCUCAUUUGCAAUUGGGAUGGUGACUGAAAAACAGUCCCUCAAAAGUUGUUGUGGCGAGGCUGACAGCUGGGAAACUUUAUAGUUUUCUCCACGGAGGAGGGGCCAGGAGGCGGGACGAGGAGACAAGCACAAGUGGAGGAGGCAAGGUCACAUAUUGGGAUGCACCCCUGGUCGCUUGUUUGAGGAGGCAAAACUUGCUAGUGUAGAUCAUCAUCAGUAAUGGAAAUGGGGAUGGCAUUUUAAAUGAAAUAGGGUCUGUCAGAAAUGUCUUGGUUAUUCACCGCCAGUUACCUCAUUUGAUGCCAGUCUUGUUUUUUGUCUCUCUAACAAGAUGACGCAUCAGAGGGAGGGCUCAGGUGUCGUGUGAACCGACUAACUGACUACGUUGGUGCACUGAUGUGGGAAUCCACUUCAGCCUUCAGUGAUGUGAAGAAAGUGAUACAGAAAGAUGACUGUGAUCUUAGACCUCGCGCGGAAUGUAGAGGAAGCCAUGUUGAAAAGACAGACAGGCAAAGAUAUUCCACUUCAUCUCUUUUUUUAUGUCAGCACGAAAGACUGACAAUCCUUUCAAGAGGAAGCAGGAGUGAAAGAGAGAGUAAGAGAGUGAAGAAAAGCCGGCAAGAUGAAAGACGUGUAAUGGAUGUGGUAGUCCAUUAUAUGUGCCGACAGGGACUUUGAGCUCUUUUGAGGAUCUUGUUAAAAGUUUGCCAGAAUAAAUUGGACAAAUCCAAAAUGCUUGCUCAUUCACUAUUUAGUACACUUUGUACUCAGUCAUGCAGUGUAACAUACACAUUAUAUGCAUUAUGAUAGCAUAUUGCUUAGGAAACAAGUGGAUAUUUUGGAAUUUAGCCAAUGUAUUACAGGUAGGAUAGCAGAGCCAUGCCACGGUCCAUGAUCACUCUCCCCUGCACUGCAUUUGUUUUACCUUUUGUUCUGUUAUUUCUGGCUGCUUUUUUUGAUUGGAAAUGAAAGCUUUGAUAUAAGUGUCUGUAUUGGCCUACAUUGCUCAUGCCCAUGUUCAUGUUGUCAGUGAGCUACUGUGUUAUCCUUUAGAACAUAUUUUGCAUUUAGAUAUAAAUAAAAGCUUCAAGUGUAAUGUUAAUUGCGUGCCAAGGUUCAUGGUGAUUGAGUGUGUGAGCAUGUCUGGUGUUUAUGAUGUGGCCGUAUUCAAGGGCAGAAUGUACUUUUCAGUAAGACAACCGUCGUUUUUAACCAAAUAAAAAUAGACUUGGAAAUUUUA